UUGAACUGGCUAUUCGAUACUCCGUUCCGUCAGUCAGUGUUGAUACGGCGCCAAGCGAGAGAGUGUCGUUUCCGCGCAUAAAACAUCGAGCGUUCGUUGAUUCUCACGCGAAUUUCAUGAAUGAACCCUAAACCCGCGGUUGUUUCCAUAUUUUUGACAGGUGUUUUUCUUUCCUACGAUGAUCAAUGAAUUGACGUGAAGUGUGUAAUCGAUUAUUAGCCAAAAUGGCCAACUCCGGGAACGAAACCAUAGUUCGAAUCGAAAAAGUAUUAUUGGACAUUUUUUUGAUGAAUUGUGUUGGAUGGCCCAUCCUAUUUUUGUACUGUUGGGGAAGUGCGUACCGUAGAGGUGUGUUUUGUGAUGAUGAAAGUAUUAGACAUCCAUUUUUACCAUCGACAGUUCCUAGUUGGACACUAUACAUUACCGGAUUUGGCCUCAAUAUAUUAGCGAUGUCAGUGACAGAAUACCUAAAUAGACCAACCGUUCCACGAAAUAUAGUGUUCCUCGGAUUUCAUAUUCCUAACUGGUUCUACAACCUAUACUGCACCUUCGGUAUCUUCGCUUUCGGGGCAGCUUGUUCGCAGCUAACUACAGACGUCUUGAAGUACACAGUGGGCAGACUGAGACCUCACUUUAUAACAGUGUGUGCUCCAAACGUUUGCAACGGUUCCUUCAUUCCUUACAAAUAUUAUGAGAACUUUACUUGUACAAAUCCGUUAUAUAUUCACGACAAGAGAAUUAUGAAGGAAAUGAGGCUUUCGUUUCCGUCUGGACAUUCCUCUUUCUCGAUGUAUUCGAUGCUAUAUUUUGCAAUAUAUCUUCAAAGACGCAUGACCUGGGAUGGCUCAAAGCUGCUUAAACACACCCUUCAAUUUUUGGCUGUUCUUUCGUCCCUAUUUACAGCUAUGACGAGAGUGAGUGACUACAAACAUCACUGGAGUGAUGUACUAUGCGGUCUCACUCUAGGUGCAACAGUUUCUAUAAUCACAGCAAAGUUUUUCUCAAACUUAUUUAAUCCGACUAAGGAAUUGAAGAAAUCGGAACCAUCGGAACUGAGCGCCUUGAACGGCAACAAUAGGACCCAUGUCUAAAUGUGAUUUUAUAUUUCGACUUCUGUUAAAUACGCUUAGCGUUCUUUUUUAGUUUUAUAUGCUGCUAACAUGUUGGUUUUGAAUGACAUCACGAAUAGUAUGUGACUAGAUAUCAUGGAACUCAAAAUAUCUAGUAUUGUUUGAUUGACCAAUUAUAUUAACCUUUUUAUGAAAAUAAGAAAAAGUUUUUAUGAAAAUAAGAAAAAGUAGAGAGACUGACUAAACAUACUGGAUGGUGUUGGAGUUUAUGUAAUAGAAAACCAAAGAGUAUCGAUAUAUAUAUGUAAGAACAGAGACAGAUCAUACCAGUCCCUACCCGAGUCGGAAAGGUUGGAGGGGUACGUAGGUAUUAGUCUGUAUCGGCUUCUGACUUUCUUUGAAUCGGGUUCAUUUACUGACAAUCGAUGGGAGACUUGAAGCAGAUCCACGCCGGUCAAAAAUAGAGGGUUCAGUCCUAGCCCAAAGAUAGUAAAUAACAAAUUUUGAGGGAAAUUUUCUAUUUCACGUUGUGUUGAUUCCCGCCUUUAGUUUUUAUUUUUUUUUUAUUACAUAUUUUGUUUUUCUCUUUACAUGCCACGCUACGUUCCAUGGGAUUCCCACUUUAUGAAAACUGGAAAUGUUAAUACUUUUUGAAAUCAGUAAAAUGAAUGUCGUUCCCCGUUAGAGGUCCAUUAGAGGUCAUUUUUACCAUCUUCUCGGUGCGUUUUGGUUCAAAUCAGUCUUCCUACAAAGCCUCUUUGAUAAAGCGUAGACCCCGAAAAACGGUGUCAGAGGAGGGCAAGAGGCUUGAUUUAAAUCAAAACGAAACCGAAUAUUUUCAUUUUUGUGAAUACUUUUUGGUUUUAUUUAAAGUGAAUCUGUGUUUAACGCAACAAUAACCAUCCAGUAGAUAAUAUUAAAAUAUUUUCGUUACAUUUCGUUUUUUUUUUGAUCUCAUUCAGAUACCAAAUUUUAGUGGACUGUAAUAUUUUUGUAGCUUUAAUGUAUGUGUAUUGGUUAUAAUAAUUACAAAACGUACCUAUUUAUUGAAACGAUUCAUAUCGCGCAUCGACGCUUGCCUAGUAUCAGAAAUUAUUCAUUAUUUAAGAACUGUUGACAAUACUAGUUUUACCAUUUGUUUAUGGUAUUUUAAAACUUGUUAAAUGUUAAGUAGAUGGUGACUCUUAAUCGGUAAAAGAGCAAAAGCUUUUUCCUUUUGGUACCUAUAGAUAAUUUUUAAGAAACGUAUCAAACUAACAGUGCUUCUUGACUGAUACGCUGUCUCCUAGCAGCGUACCUAAAGAUCGGUACACAUGCGAGCCGAACUGUUUGCGAGCGCUAUAUUCGUAUAAUUUGUAGGUAGGACGAACGGAUUGCGAGCUGUUGCGAGCACGUCCUGUCGGUUUUUGGGACGAACACAAAGGAUAUUCUCUGUUCACACAGAGAUUGUCAGAAUGACGUUUUUCUAGAAAUAAUAAGAAACGUAAGAAACACAAUGUAAUAAAUUCUUAUUUUAUAAUUGAUAAACAAAUAAUUGCUGUCUUUAAGAAGGAGACUUUGAGACAAAAUUACAAAUUAACCGAGUCAUUUACAUAAACUUAACACAAAUUGAUGCGUAGUUAGUUCGUUGCUUUCCAUGGAUUGUGAUGAGUUUGCGAUGAGUUCGCUGUAAAUAUAUUUUCAACCAACUGUACGCGAGCAGUUCGCAAACAGUUCGGCUCGCAUAUGUGUACCUGGUACCUACCUUAGCAAUGGUGAGGGUCCUGCGUGUUUACUGAAUUUUAGUUCAGGUGCACGUUCUGAAGAGGUUAAGCCGCGAUUAUCCUCGCGGGAAUUUAUUACGUGGUUACUCGCAUGUAAAAGUGCGCUUACAUGGGCAACAAAAAGUGCUCAAUUAUGAGCAAUAAUGGUCGAUUGGGACGUAACAAAAUAUCAAGCGAUUUACUGCAACGCCAAUAAGUAUCGAUUUGGAACAAUGUUUAGCAACUACAAUAUUGAGCAAUAAGGAGCAACUCUAAGAAACUAGACAAUACUUUCAUAAAAGAAAGCAAUACAUACGAGCAAUUCAGUUGGAAAAUACCCUAGAUACGUAGGGUGUAGGGUGUCUAUCCACAAUUCGAAAAUAUAUCUCGAAUAAAAGUUACUUAUGUCUGCGUAAGCAGCAAUAAGUAACUGCUUACAUGCAAUUUUUUAUCUGCAAUCUGCAAACUGUUUAUCUGCAAUAAAAAAUGUGGGUUCCUAUUUAAGCAGUUACACCCCCCACCCCACCUCCAGAGUGUAUACUCUGGUUGUAUGUGUCGUGAUUAGUGUCAUUCGAUAGAUUUUUGAAAAAUGUUGAAAACGUAUUUUUCAGUUUUUUGAUCCGAUGCAUAUUUCGCGAUAUAUUCGACCGUCCCGAUACUUUUGGGACAUCCUAUAUAAAAACAGACUAAAAGAUUAAAAAUUAAAGGAGUAACGCAGAAAACGCGCAAAAAACCGCCGAUAUAACGUAAUUAACUCAUGAGAUGCCAAUAGUGUCAAAAUUUCGUAAUAGUGGAGUAAACUUGCAUGAGGUUGGACCAAUUACAAACAAGCAUUACGGCGCGGUAAAUUUGAAUUACUCCUCCUGGUUUAAAAAACAGACUAUGGUGUCAAAGGAAAUAAGUUUUUGUUCUUAUUCGUUUUAAUCGUCACCAUUUGCUGACGUUAUAUGGCAGCCUAACAUUUAUUUUUUUCGUUUCAGAGUUGUAGAUAGUUUUUACAAAUUUUUAAUUAGUAAAUGUGUUGUUUAUGGUUUGAGAGUAAUAGCAAGAAAUUACUUAAUGGAAAUUAUGCUAGAACCAAGUGUAUAAAUGUGGCUUACUGUAAUGACGUAAUAUUAAGAAAGAAUUUGGUAAAACACACAUAAUGUCUUUUUGUUGAAUUUGUAAAAUUACAAUUUACCGGUUAUCUACAAUGCCUAUUUAGUAUCCCAACGUGGAAUGAAGUAAACACUUCUGUUGUAUGUAGGCAUAUGAAUUUAUUAAAAAAUCCUUAAAAUUUAUCCACGAAGGAGUGGAAGUACAAAACGUUUUCGGUCAGACUGACCAUCAUCAGUGUAAACCU